UGGUAUGUGAGACUGAGAGGCAGAGCGCCAACCGUUGCAGAUAAGCACAUCCCCCACCAACACUACACGUGUCAGCCACCUACUUUUCCAAUUUUCAUAUCACAAAACCAAGUUAAUUCACACCACACCACAUUUUACACACUUGUGAACCCAUACGAUUCAAUUGAAGGCGAAGAAGAACAUGGCUGCAACUUCUUCCUUGUGCUCAUCCACCCUCCAAUCCCAAAUUAAUGGAUUCUACCUUCGCAAAACCUCCCUUCUCCACCCUCCUUCUCUUACUUUCUCCAGGAGGAAAUUUUCAACCACGGUGAAGGCUUCAUCUCGUGUUGACAAGUUUUCAAAAAGCGAUAUCAUUGUUUCUCCAUCCAUUCUUUCUGCUAACUUUUCAAAAUUGGGAGAGCAGGUGAAAGCUGUCGAGUUGGCUGGUUGUGAUUGGAUUCAUGUUGAUGUAAUGGAUGGUCGCUUUGUUCCAAAUAUUACAAUUGGACCUCUUGUGGUUGAUGCAUUGCGUCCUGUGACUGAUCUUCCUUUGGAUGUACACCUGAUGAUUGUAGAGCCUGAACAAAGGGUGCCAGAUUUUAUCAAGGCAGGAGCUGAUAUUGUCAGUGUUCACUGUGAACAAUCUUCCACCAUCCAUUUGCAUCGUACAGUUAAUCAAGUGAAAAGUCUGGGAGCUAAGGCUGGUGUUGUCUUAAACCCUGCUACCCCCUUAACUGCAAUAGAAUAUAUCCUUGAUGUGGUUGAUUUGGUCUUAAUUAUGUCCGUAAACCCUGGAUUUGGUGGCCAGAGUUUUAUUGAGAGUCAAGUAAAGAAAAUUUCUGAUUUGAGAAGAUUGUGCGCGGAGAAGGGAGUGAACCCAUGGAUUGAAGUAGAUGGUGGAGUUGGUCCAGCAAAUGCUUACAAGGUGAUUGAGGCCGGAGCCAAUGCACUGGUUGCUGGUUCUGCUGUGUUUGGAGCUAAAGAUUAUGCUGAAGCUAUAAGAGGAAUUAAAACCAGCAAAAGACCUGAAGCAGUCGCUGUGUGAAGCCAGCAUGAUUGUAAGCUCCAAUACAGUAUUCAUGAAUUAGCGGCCUAUUAGGCACCAUUAUGUUGCCUGGCUUGCUGUCACCACUGGCUAUUGCUUCUCUCUGGAAUUAACUAUAAGAAAUCAGUCCAAGUAAGGCUGCUGCUGUGAUGCGUAGUUUGUGUAUAAUCUUUUGGAGUAUCAGAACAAAGGUUAAGUCAAGAUAAUGCCCUUGACCCUGUAUCAGCUUGUAACCUGACAGUUAUAUCCCCCCAUAUUGUAAAACAGUUGUGCUUUCUAUCAAUACAACCAGCUAAAUACAUUGUAUGCUUUUUUUGUCAAA